UUGUUCCUCUUUAAUUCUCUUAGGUCUUAAUACAGAGAAGAAGAGGAAGAAGAGUAAUCAAGAUUUGAGAGAGAGAUAUUCAAGUUUUUUUUUUCAUUUUUAAAGAUGGUACUAUUUUCUUCGCGGUGUGCAAUGAAACGAGAUGUUGUUAUCAGUGUGAUGAUCUUUAUAAUCUUAGUUUUAAUAAUUUUGUCGCGUUCGAGUUCUAUCCAGGCUGGAAGAUUCAUCACUACGAAAAGAAGGCAUAAUUUGAGCGUUGCUCGAGUACAAGAUUACAAGAAUCAUCACGCGUUUGUGAUCACGGAGAUGUCAACGUUUAAUAAAUUCAGAGGAAGAGCAUCUAAAGUUAGGAGAAAGAUAGACGGUAACGAAGACGAAGAAGAGAAGCGAAUCAUCCCGGCAGGUCCAAACCCCUUGCACAACAGGUAGUAGGUUAAUGAGAGAUGCAAAACAUACUUCGACUGCAUAAUUAGUUCAUUAUAUAUAUAUAUACAAAUAUUAGUUUUGAUUUUGAGAUUAAUAAUUGUUCUGAAGAUAACACAUUUUCUGCUAAAGUUUCAUUCAUCUCGUUAGAUCGAUAUUGUAUUGAGAAGCUUUUUAGAUUGGGCUGGAAAAUCUAAUAUAUGUGACUGUGAGGUAGCGUAUUGGUGUUUAAAACCUCAAAUGUCUAUUAUUUGUAACGAAUGUAAAUAGACUUGCCCAACCGAUAAGUAAAAAGUCUUUAAGA